CUUUGAUUUGUGUUUUGAAACACAUUUUCACAGCAAAACCAUACGACUGUCCCUUUCAUCGCACCAUUCAAUACAUCCAUAUUAUCCUCACCACCGAUGACUCACCCGAACUACUGACCAGUCGAGAGUCCGUCAUUGAGGUCAAACACCGGAUCAGAUAUAGCGUGUGUUGUGUUGUCCGGCAAUUGGCGAACACAACUGAUCCCUGACUUCGGCCGCCGAAGACAAUGGCCAUUAAUGCGGCGAAACAGCUGUUGGACGAACUCAUGGGUCGGGAACGCGAUUUGGCGCCCGAAGAGAAGAAGUCGUCGCUCGACUGGAAUGAUCCCGGGGUUUGCCGACACUUUUUGGUGCAGUUCUGUCCGAACUCGUUGUUCACGAACACGCGGGCAGACAUCGGGCCGUGUAGUCUGGUUCACGACGACUUCCUGAAGAAGGAGUACCAGCAGAGGGCCCACAAGAAGGAGAAGAUGGUCUUUGAGGACGAGUUCAUCCGCUUCUGUCAGUCACAGCUCAACGAAGUCGAGCGUAAGAUAAAGCGCGCGAAACAGAGGCUCGAAAUGAGCCAAUUGGAGAAGACUUCGGGCGCCAACGCCGGCAACGCUGUCCUCUCCGAAGAGUCUCAGGAGAAGAUGCAAGUGUUGACCGAUCGCAUCGACUCAAUGCUGGAACAGAUCGAAGCGUUGGGCACCGAAGGGAAGGUAGAGGAGGCGCAGGGAGUGAUGAAACUCGUAGACAAACUCAAGGAGGAGAAGUCGGCCAUUAAACGGGACGCUAUGCCUAACAACCAUUGGAUCCAACAAAAGGCAGAGAUCGGCGCUCAACAGGAGAAGCAGAUGGAGGUGUGCGACGUUUGCGGCGCCUUUCUUAUCGUGAACGAUGUCCAGCAACGGGUCGACGACCACCUGAUGGGCAAACAGCACAUGGGCUACGGCCGCCUCAAGACUGCUUUGGAUGACAUACUGGAGCGCCGGCGACAGGACAGGGAUCGCGAGAAACUGGAAUCGGAAGCGGCGGCUAAAGAGGCGGCCACUGUUCGCGAUCGGGCGCGCGAUGAGCGCCGACAGCAGAGGGACAGAUCGCGAGAGAGAUCAUCGCGUGAUGGAGACCGAGUGCUGAGCAGUGGUCGUCGCGACAGUGAUGUAGUGCACGACAAACCGCGUGACAGAGACUCCCGACGCCAUUCAGAGCGGUCCGAGCGGUCGGAUAGAAGUGAUAGGAAUGAGAGAAAUGAUAGAAAUAAUGACAGGAAUGAUAGGAGCGAUCGGUCGUCGCGUUCGGCGCACAAACACCGGUCGUCGAGCAGAAGGUCGCGCUCCAGAAGUGGCGAUCGAGAGCACAGGUCGUCCCGAAAGCGGUCGAAGGGCUCGUCCGCCAGUCCUAUAAGAAGCUAACUAUAUAUUAAAACUAAAGUCAUAGUAAGAGAUGUUCAAAACCAGAGGUAAGUCCUAAUGGAUUGUUAGCCACUAUUAUAUGACUUUUAGAAGUCUUUUAUUUUAAACCCAUUUUAUUAUAAAUACUGUAUUUAUUCGACAAAUAAUAUCGACGACCAAACCGUAAGCGGUGUUUGUCUGUUGUGAUUGGCAUUUGUCUGACCGAAACAGACAGUCAGACAGACAGUACUCGCAAAGUCUGAAGACAACAAGUAAUCCAUUGAAUUAAAAGUACACUUUUAUGACUAUUUCAUAGGUUUUUAAUUUCAUACGAUUUAAUAAAACGAAAAAAUGGGCGCAAUUUGUAGAUUAGUUUUCAAUUAAAUUAUUUAUUAAAUAUUUUUUUUGUCGAAGAGAUUUUCAUUUCAUUUUUAAUCCCCU